UCCCCGCGUGUGUGCGCCUAAUCUCAGGUGGUCCACCCGAGACCCCUUGAGCACCAACCCUAGUCCCCCGCGCGGCCCCUUAUUCGCUCCGACAAGAUGAAAGAAACAAUCAUGAACCAGGAAAAACUCGCCAAACUGCAGGCACAAGUGCGCAUUGGUGGGAAAGGAACUGCUCGCAGAAAGAAGAAGGUGGUUCAUAGAACAGCCACAGCAGAUGACAAAAAACUUCAGUUCUCCUUAAAGAAGUUAGGGGUAAACAAUAUCUCUGGUAUUGAAGAGGUGAAUAUGUUUACAAACCAAGGAACAGUGAUCCACUUUAACAACCCUAAAGUUCAGGCAUCUCUGGCAGCGAACACUUUCACCAUUACAGGCCAUGCUGAGACAAAGCAGCUGACAGAAAUGCUACCCAGCAUCUUAAACCAGCUUGGUGCGGAUAGUCUGACUAGUUUAAGGAGACUGGCCGAAGCUCUGCCCAAACAAUCUGUGGAUGGAAAAGCACCACUUGCUACUGGAGAGGAUGAUGAUGAUGAAGUUCCAGAUCUUGUGGAGAAUUUUGAUGAGGCUUCCAAGAAUGAGGCAAACUGAAUUGAGUCAACUUCUGAAGAUAAAACCUGAAGAAGUUACUGGGAGCUGCUAUUUUAUAUUAUGACUGCUUUUUAAGAAAUUUUUGUUUAUGGAUCUGAUAAAAUCUAGAUCUCUAAUAUUUUUAAGCCCAAGCCCCUUGGACACUGCAGCUCUUUUCAGUUUUUGCUUAUACACAAUUCAUUCUUUGCAGCUAAUUAAGCCGAAGAA